AGUGUGCGUUUGGGUUUGUCGGAGUGUUUAAUCUCCCUUUUCUCCUAAUUCUUCUUUCUUCCACCCUGACGCCUCAGUUUCCAAAUUUUAUCUUCCUCGCUCUUUUCCUCUUUCGCAGCUCAACAUGCAGAAAGAAGACGUCUCUCUACAUGGUUUCCUGCCUAGCUUCCAACAUUUCGCCACGCAGGCCAUUCAUGUCGGCCAGGAACCGGAGCAGUGGAACUCCCAGGCUUUGGUGCCCCCUAUUUCAAUGUCCACCACGUUCAAGCAGGGGGCACCCGGUCAGCACUCGGGUUUUGAGUAUAGCCGUUCUGGAAAUCCCACCAGGAAUUGCUUGGAAAAAGCAGUGGCAGCACUGGAUGGGGCUAAGUACAGUUUGGCCUUUGCUUCAGGUUUAGCAGCCACUGUGACUAUCACCCAUCUUUUAAAAGCAGGAGACCAGAUUAUUUGUAUGGAUGAUGUAUAUGGAGGUACCAACAGAUAUUUCAGGCAGGUGGCUACCAAAUUUGGAUUGAAGGUUUCUUUUGUUGAUUGUUCCGAAACCAAAUUGCUGGAGGCAGCAAUUACACCAGAAACCAAGCUUGUUUGGGUUGAAACUCCCACAAACCCAAUCUUGAAGAUAAUUGACAUUGAAGCCUGUGCACACAUUGUCCAUAAACACGGAGACAUUAUUUUGGUCGUGGACAACACUUUUAUGUCGGCAUAUUUCCAACGGCCUUUGUCUCUGGGAGCUGAUAUUUGCAUGUAUUCAGCAACAAAAUAUAUGAACGGCCACAGUGAUGUUGUAAUGGGCUUAGUGUCUGUUAAUUCUGAGAAUCUCCAUAAUAGGCUCCGUUUCUUACAAAACUCUCUUGGAGCAGUUCCAUCUCCUCUUGACUGUUACCUCUGCAAUAGAGGUCUGAAGACUCUACAUGUACGAAUGGAUAAGCAUUUUGAAAAUGGAAUGGCAGCUGCUCAGUUUCUGGAAUCUAAUCCUCGGGUAGAAAAAGUUGUUUAUCCUGGACUACCCUCUCAUCCACAGCAUGAGUUGGCAAAGCGUCAGUGUACAGGUUGUCCAGGGAUGGUUGCCUUCUAUAUUAAGGGCACUCUUCAGCAUGCUGAGACUUUCCUCAAGAACUUAAAGAUAUUUACUUUGGCUGAGAGCUUGGGAGGAUAUGAAAGUCUUGCUGAGCUUCCGGCAAUCAUGACCCAUGCAUCCGUGCCAGAGAGUGACAGAGAUGUCCUUGGAAUUAGCAACACAUUGAUUCGACUCUCUGUGGGCUUAGAGGAUAAAAAAGACCUACUGGAGGAUCUAGAUCAAGCUUUGAAGGCAGCACACCCUCCAAGUCACAACUAGCAUUCUAGAACUGCUGUUAGAAGCUGCUUCUUGAGAAGAUCACAUCUGAAUAAUCAAAUGGAACAUUAAUGAGCCUUCCCAGAAUUUUCAAGUGAAAAUUUUAAAGCACCUCAUUACCUUUCGAAACUGUACCUUUCCAGGGAUCAUCUGUGUUAAAAACAGGUUCUUGUUUCUCUUAUUGUAAUUGACAGAUCAAUUCUGUUAAUAUCUUUUUCUUUAUUUUGCUACCCAUUUGAGUUUGAAGGAUGUGAGAUUUGUGCUGCUUCUGGGGAUCAUGUUCUUUUCUUCAUAGCCUAAGAUAUAUUUUGAUCAUAUUUACAAUACAAUGGUAAUUCAUUUUUGGUGAUUUCUGAAGAAUUUA